UGAAGCAAUGCUCCCAUUUUCAAAGGCAAUAGCAGAGUUGGAACAAAUGGUGGUGAAGAUGGUGUUUGAGAGCUAUGGAGUAGAGAAAUACUACGAGCCUCACCUCAAGUCGGCCUCAUACCUAUCCCGAGUAAUGAAAUACAGAAGGCCAGAGAUGAAUGAGAGUAAUAUGGGUUUUGUAGCUCACACUGAUAAGAGCUUUAUGUCUAUAAUUCAUCAAAAACAACAAAUUGAUGGUUUGGAGGUUAAAGCCAAAGAUGGAGAGUGGUUUGGUGUUGAGCUUUCUCCUUCAUCCUUUGUAGUCAUGGCUGGGGAUGCAAUCUUGGCAUGGAGCAAUAACAGGAUUCACUCUCCUCAUCAUCGAGUCAUGAUGAACGGCGACAAAGACAGAUACUCCCUUGCACAAUUCUCAUUCAUGAAAGGGAUGGUGAAAGCACCAGAGGAAUUAGUUGAUCAUGACCACCCGUCGCAGUUUAAACCGUUUGAUCAUAUUGAGUUUCUUGAAUUCUACAGUAGACCGGAGAACAGAAGGCUGGAGAGUGCUAUUAGAACCUACUGUGGCAUUUGAGAUAUGUCUGUUGAUCCGAUAAAACUUAAUCUGUCUUAGAUUUCUGUAUGUAUUUGAUAAUUUUCAUGGUUAGGUUUGUUAAGGUUAUAUUUGUAAAAAUCAAGGAUGUGUGGUCUUUAUAGUCCUUUACCUUAAAAUGUCAUGUUAUCUAAUCUGUGUAAUUAGGUUGUUAUGUUUGGUACGCUAAAAUGGACUGGAAUAGAAAGUGUGCGUUGCUACUCAAAAGUCGGCUUGAAGUAUAUAAUAAAAGCUCUCUUUGAUUA